ACAUGUUAAUCAUGGGCUGCUAGUUUAAAAAGUUGGAUCCGUUUGUAUAGCCUUUGCUUUUAAACCCUCAAUGCAACAUCCUGCACAUAGAAAAGAUGUCACAACAUCGCAACAUCCUACAAAUAGAAAAGACAGAAAUCGUUAAUGAAACAUCCUGCGACAGCGUUUCCAUGACAGUAUUAUAUCAGCUGGAAUGUGCUUGUGGUGUGCUGACGCUUCAUCCUCAUCAAAGGUUAUGAUAUUCAAGCGAAGCCUGUGAAUCAGAAGAGGUCAUGGAGGAUGAUGGAAAACCUCUGCUGGGUUCGAUUCAAGCAGGAGAUUAUUACUCAGACCAGAUAGAAGUUCUGGACCCCAGGCAAAGAAGGCCUUUUCAUGUGGAGCCCAGGAACAUCGUGGAGGACUCGGCUCAGGAGCGAGUGUCUGCUGAAGCUUCAGUGCUUAACAGCAGAGUUCAUUACUAUGGUCGUCUAACUGCAUCGUCAGACAGGCUGCUGGCUCCGCCUGACCAUGUGAUCCCAGAACCUGAGGAGAUCUUUGUUUACAGCCCUCUGGGGACAGCGUUUAAAGUACAAGGAGGCGAGGGCACUGUCAAAAACCCCAGUAUCGUCACUAUAUUUGCUAUCUGGAAUACGAUGAUGGGAACGUCCAUACUGAGCAUGCCAUGGGGAAUAAAGCAGUCUGGGUUCACAUUGGGAAUAAUCAUUCUCAUCUUAAUGGGCUUAAUCACACUGUACUGUUGCUACAGGAUUCUGAAAUCCACAAAAUCAAUACCUUAUGUAGAUACCUCAGACUGGGAGUUUCCUGACGUGUGUAAAUAUUAUUUUGGGAGAUUUGGACAGUGGUCGAGUCUGUUAUUUUCCAUGGUGUCGCUGAUUGGGGCGAUGGUGGUCUACUGGGUGCUCAUGUCUAACUUCCUGUUUAACACUGGCAAAUUCAUUUACAACUAUGUUCAUCAAGUCAAUGUGUCUGAUUCAGAGUUUGGCACAAAUGGAACCGAUAGAGUGGUUUGUCCAUACCCAGAUGCAGAUUCAAAUAAGAACAUUGGCGUUAACCAACAUUAUGUCAGUGAUAACAGUACGGCUACAGUGUUGUUUGACCACUGGUGGAGUAAAAACAACACUAUCCCUCUCUACCUUGUUGUGCUGCUUUUUCCCCUGCUCAACUUUCGCUCGGCCUCCUUCUUCGCCAGGUUCACCUUUUUAGGCACUAUUUCAGUUGUUUACCUCAUCAUCCUGGUCACCCUUAAAGCUUUCCGGCUAGGCUUUCAUCUGGAGUUCCAUUGGUUUGAUUCCACCGAAUUUUUCGUUCCAGAGUUCAGAAUCUGGUGUCCUCAACUCACUGGUGUUCUCACUCUGGCCUUCUUCAUCCACAACUGCAUCAUCACUCUGAUGAAGAACAACAGGAAUCAGGAAAACAACGUUCGGGAUUUGUCCUUGGCAUACCUUUUAGUAGGUCUAACCUAUCUCUACGUGGGAAUCAUGAUCUUUGCUUCUUUUCCUUCUCCACCACUGUCUAAAAACUGCAUUGAACCAAACUUUCUGGAUAACUUUCCCAGCAGUGACAUUAUGGUCUUUGUGGCUCGUGCUUUUCUGCUGUUUCAAAUGACCACCGUCUACCCGCUGUUGGGUUACCUGGUUCGGGUGCAGAUCAUGGGUCAUUUGUUUGGUGAUCACUACCCCAGUUUUUUCCAUGUCUUCUUCCUAAAUAUCAUUAUUGUGGCUGCUGGGGUCCUAAUGGCCAAGUUUUAUCCCAACAUUGGUUCCAUUAUCAGGUACUCGGGGGCCACCUGCGGUCUGGCUCUGGUGUUUGUCUUCCCCUCAGCUGUCCAUCUAAAGGCCCUGAAACGUAGCGGUGAAUUGCGCUGGCCCUCUGCUUGCUUCCACAUCUUCCUCAUCGUGCUCGGAGCGGCCAACCUCCUGGCCCAGUUCUUCAUGUAGUACCAUCACAUUGUUUUCUGACACAAAUUCUCACGGUUGUAGUUCUCAUGUUGGCACUAGGUGGCAGUGUUGCAGUUCUAGUACUGUAAUUCACUUUAAAGUAAUAAACUCACUGCACAUGGAUGAUAUCAGAAAGGGAAAUCCAUCUGAUUUGGCAAAAAUCACCUUUGUUUGAAAAGCCCUGUCAGUGUUACUUACUGAAAAACAACCAUCAGCACAGUUGUUUUAACAUUUGUGUUACAGGGAUUUUUUCAAGUUCAAGCUAAAAGGAUACAGCAGCCAAGCAGUGUUUGAGUAUCAUUCCUCCACUGUAUGUCAGGCAGGUGACUGUAAUUGGUUCGAGAAGUUACACGCCAUUAUUCCAACUGCACUUUUGAAUUUUGUGUUGAUUCAACUAUUUUUUUUAAGCACAUUUGUUCAUGCAGAUCUUAUGCAUGCCCAAAUUCCACAGAUUUAUACUGUGAACUCAACAGAAUGUUCAGGUCAUGCAUGUAUGGUUUUAUUUAUGGUACUUGUCUAGGUCCUUGUACUGAACAUUUUGUAAUUUACGGUUCAUACCUUGACACCCUUCAUUAAAAUGAGCAAAAAUUAUUCAUUAUGAACAUUAAACACACUAAUUCAAGGGGGAAAAUCUCGUUAGAACUGCAUUUUUAAAUAAUAAUUCUCUCUAUUAAUCUAUCUAGCUAGCUCAUCUUCCAAAGAAACCAUGGCCUGUUUCACAAAGUAAAAAUGAUGUACCAUCCUUUUUGUCAUUCAUUUCCAUAGAGAAAACCAAUCAUCUCCCAACACAAAGGCUCCUGCACAAAUGGUAAAAAAAAAUAAUAAAAAAAAGCAGUAAUAAGCACAAUGAAGGUCAGAACAAAAAGUUUUGGAUGUCUGAAACUGUUAAAAGCGUGUCUAGAAUUGGAUCUAUGAGCACGCUGCCUACUUUCACGUUCAGGAGGAUGAAAGAGGGAUUAAAAAUUCUAAAGAUCACAGUUUUAGAAUUGCACAUGUGUCAUGUUACAAAAUCAACCAGCAACUUCACUUUACAACAACAAGCCGUUUGGAAGCCCCUGAUACACACUGUAAAAUAUACAGUUGCACCACUAAUGCUUUGGGGCUCUUGUAAAGAUUUCUGAAAUCUUCAGUUGUGCCAAGUACCAGGAUGUGUCAGCCCAACUCGGUGUUGCCUGUACCAGGUCUUUAAAUGGAUAUGGAUAGUUUUCGGCAAGGUGCUGGGACAAACAUACAGUAGUUCCAAAUCAGCAUAAAUAAACACAUACGUUAGUUGUUUAGACGACUUGAGCCAUCUCUCAUUGCUUCAUAUUAAAUUAUCAACUUUAGAGAAAUAGAAACAAAUGUUUUACUGUGACAGGCUACAAAGUGCAUAAAGGUCCAAUUUAAAAAUUGGUGGUUUAUGUCACAACCUCAGCAGCAACCUCAUUACCCCUCUCGUCUGUUUCAGGCAUUCAGAAUCACCAGUAAACUAAUCACCUGCACCUGUUUCUCAUUAGUUCAUGUCUUACGCUUUUUUAUGCUUGAAUGAUUCAUAGGUCACUGUGUGGCUUAACAAGCAAAAAAACAAACAUUCCUCUGAAACUGGUCAGGUACAAGGACUGGGCUGGAAGUGAGAGCCAGAGAAGUGGAAGCCUGGAGAACUAUUCCUCAAGCUUACAUUAAAGCAUAUGGAAAAAGUCUGCCUCUUUUAAAAGCAAAAUAUAAAGAAAUGAGGAAAGGCGCAAGCCUUUUUUUCUAUUAAAUGAACGGAGAUUUUUUUACAUUUUGAAACAACUGUUCUGUCAGGAAAAAAUGCACUUUUUUGUUUCUAAUGUAACUAUGCAUAUAAUAACUCAUAGCAGGUUAUUGUUUCUAUAUAGAAAGUUUUUUUUUUUCAAAAAGGGUGCAGAUAUUUCUGAAGAUACAGUUAUAUGUAUUAACCUAUCAAGCUUUACUAUUACAAUGAUUUGUGUAUUGCGGUGUGAUUUUUUGUUUUUUAAUGGUAAUGUAUUAACGAGUGGACAAAGUAAUUGAAAUAAAUGAGCUGAGAAAUAGAGCUGUAAUCCUUUUGGGAGUGUGUGAGCUGAUCUCACUAGUCUCUGGAUUUAUUUGAAGAUGCUCAUGUUUUUCUUGAAGUUUGAUUUAUCAAUGUUAAAGCCUUAGGAAUUCAUAAGUGUCUUAAAUGAUCAGGCUAGGGAUAUAUGACGCUGACAUUUUUGCUGGGUUGCAGAGUUUUAAUUUGCACAUCAGACAAAUGUUCAAAGCUUUUGUUGGUUGUGAAAUGGUGUACAACUUUUAAUUUGGAAAGC